AAAAAGGAAAAUUUCUCCCACUUAUACCAAUCCUCGCUUAUUUUCUGUACGACUGCUCAGUCCGGGUGAAAUUCAAUCAGAAUGUCUUUCUCAAAAGCCAUCAUCAUCCUUUCGGCAUGCAUUGUCGUCUGUCUUUCAGGAACGGUCCCAAUCAACGAUGGAAAGUACAUCCUUGAGACGAGAGUUACCUUAGCCGGCGUUUUGUCGGUAAAAAUUACAGCCGAAACGACGGGUUGGGUCGGAUGGGGAAUAUCUCCAAAUGGCUCGAUGAUCUUUUCUGACUUGAUUAUUGGGGGGUACGACCUGUCCAAAGGGGCUUACAUAGGGGAUCGGUACGCAGUUCUACCAGGUCUCAGAUUUCCUGAAUUAGAUGCCCAGCAAGAUGCUACUCUCGUCUCUGCAUCUGAAAAUGGGACUCACACCGUGUUGGAGUUUACGAGGCUUGUAGAUACUGGUGACAGGGUCGGGGAUUACGUCGUGGAGAAUCGAAUGCAAUUUAUCGUCUGGGCCAUGGGUGCGACGGAUGAUAUUGUGUAUCACGGACCAGAUAGUCGUGGGGCUAUCGAGCUUAAUCUUAUGGACGGUUAAGUAAUUAGGAAUCAAAUGUAAAACUAAAUAGAAAGAAUAAAAAGGUCUCCGAAAUUA